GACACCAGAGCGAAGAUGGGAGUUCAAGGGCUCGCUUCCUUCAUGGAGACCCACGGGAGGAUUUACCUGGACGUCCAGUUCCGGAAGAGCCGGCUGGUGAUUGAUGGGUCCAACCUGGUCCACCAGCUGUACUUCAGCUCAGGUCUGGACCAGAACCAUGGCGGGGAGUAUGCUGCCUUUGAGGAGCUGACGGAGAGCUUCAUCACAGCCCUCAGAACCUGCGGUAUCGCUCCGUACGUGGUUCUGGACGGUGGUUCAGACAGCUCAGACAAGAAACUGGAAACGGUGACGAAGCGGGCCCAGGAUCGGAUCCAGAGAGCCCACCGAGCUGCGGUGAGCGGCAGUCAGGAGGGAAUCUUACCGCUGCUGGCCCGGAGGGUCUUCAAACAGACGUUGGCCCGGCUGGAGGUUCCAGUGGCCCAGUGCUUCAUGGAGGCCGACCAGGAGAUCGCCGCACUGGCCAGUGAAUGGCAGUGCCCCGUUCUUUCCAACGACAGCGACUUCUACAUCUUCGACCUGCCGGCUGGGUUCCUGCCCAUCUCUCACUUCCGGUGGAGGGAUGUGAACCGGGCCGGGUCCCAGAGCUACAUCCCCUGUAAGAGAUACUACUCCUCCAGCUUCUGCGUCUUCUUCGGGAUCCAGCAGCGGCUCCUGCCCACCUUCGCCGCCUUGGCUGGGAACGACUACGUGAAGCUGGGGGGGAUCAGCUGGACCCAGUUUGUCCCAGUGGACAUCAAAGCACCGAACCGCCUGGACGGGCUGCUGCGCUGGAUCAAGAAGUUCCAGCUGCGCGAGGAGGCGGUGGAGGCGGCGCUGCAGCUGAUUGGUCCACUCGGCAAGACGAGCCAGAAGAAGAUUCUGCAGAAGCUGCUACUGGGGGAGGAAGAGUAUCAUCUUCAUCCCAGCUGUCUGAAGAGGUUCUUCAUUCACGGGGCGGCACCGCCAUUCCCAGCAGCCCAGGAGGGUCUUGUCCCGGACUGGACUCUGCUGCCUCUGACCCAGGCCUGUCUCAGCGGAAACAUCCUGGAUGUGCUGCAGCUGCAGAGGAUGAACCUCAGGACUGCGGUGGAGCACGAAGACCUGCUCAGCUUCAACCUGACCUCCCGGCCGGUCCGCCAGGUGAUGUACGGGCUGCUGCUGGGUGGGGGGACGUCGCUCCAGGUGCAGGAGCGAGACAGAGAGGGUCUCCAGGUGAAAUUCAUCCACGUCAGACCCUCCUUCACCAGGCUCACCAGGAGGCUCAAAAUCAGCUCGCUGUAUGAGGUGGAGGUCGCAGAGCGUCUGCAGGUUUUACUGGAAGCUCUGGGGGUGAAGGAGGACUCUCUGAGCCUCCUUCCUCCUGAGCUAAAACUCCCAGUGGCCGUCACCUGCUACUGGAUGCAGAGAGCUCAGCCUCCUCCAGACCUGAAGCUGCUGAAGGCCCUGCUGCUGGGGAUGAGCACCGGAGACCUGCCGAGACCCACAACAGAGAAUCAGCCCUGCAGUCAGAAGCCGGAUGUGGGCGUGACUCAUGCGAUCAACCAAUGGCAGGGCUGCCUGGGUGACAGCAUCCACCUCAACCAGCUGCUGAGCUUCCCUCUUCCUGAGCCCGACGUCGCCCGUUUGUAUCAGGGGACGCUGGUCCACCAGCUGGUCCACCGGAUGGGGGCGGAUCAAAAACCGAAGGCCUUUCUGAAGAGCAACAGGACCAACCCGAAGCAGUACAACACCAUGCUGUCCAUCGUCCGUCAGUUCUUGGCUCACAAGGCACCGCCGGUGGUCUCCGAGAAGCAGCAGAGAGCCCUCCAACCUUCGGAUGACCUGUCCGCCAACUUGCAGCAGCUCUUCCUGCUUCACCAUGACAACGAGAUGGAGAUGGAGGUCCGGAGCGCGCUCCGAGCGCAGGAGGAGCAGCAGCUGGAGGAGCAGCUGAUGCUGAGAACCCGAUACCGAACCAAAGAGAGGAGCAACAGAUGUAAGAAUCCCCAACUGGCUCGGAAGGAGGAGAGUCGGGGGUGGGGCCUCCUCUGAUGGAGGAUGUACCUAACCACCUGGUGAGCCAGGGGAGCCGGCUUCUGCUCAGGGAUGACCUCUGGUUUGAACCCGUUUUAAAUGGUUUUAAAUCUGUUUUAGUUUCACUCUUCUCUCUGUUUUAUGUCAUUUCUGUCGUCAUUUGUAAAUGAAUCGAGUUAAACACAGUUUCCAGAAAAGUGCAGCAACAAUGUAAAUGUGUAAUAAAUGUUCGUUGUUCAGGAAGAUGUGAGACGUCAGAGUAUUUCCUCAUUUAGAUGUGAGUUCAGCUCUGGAUUCCUUAAAACCUGAUCUAUGUGAUGUCAUAGAUCCUUCUCUGUCAUCCAGGUAAGGACCGGACCAGGUCACAGACAGGACGGGAGACCAUAAUAAACCGGGUCAGGUCUUUCUCUGGCUUCAAGUCAAAUGUCAUUUAUAGAGCCCUUUUCAUGCACAGAGCAAACAAAGUGCUUUACAUAAAAACCAAUUCUGCAUGUUAAAAACUAAAUUUAAAGCCUUCACACACCUUCUGAAUCUGGCUGCCCAUUUAUUACAGGGUGCAUUUUAAAAUUCUGGUUUUUACCUAUCAAGCCCUACAUGACCAGGCACCUGAAUACAUCAGGGAUCUCCUACAGCUCUACGGGCCCAGCAGGUCCCUGAGAUCGAGUCAUCAAGAUCUGCUGGUUGUUAAACCGACAUGGCUGAAAACUAAGGGUGACAGAGUCUUUGCAGCAGUGGCCCCUGUCCUCUGGAACUCCUUCCUCUAAGCCUGAGAUCUGUGGACUCCAUGAUCUCUUUUAAAAAGCAGCUAAAAACACAUCUUUUUAAACUUGCUUUUACUU